UGACUACCGACUCCACCCAUCAGUCAACCCCAAAUCGAGACAGGCACCCCUGGGCAGGUGUCCACCUCGCUCCUCGGCGUUACGUUUGGAAAUUAACUUGUUCCGUUUCCGAAGGAGUCCACGCCUUGCUUUGCGGUCAUGAUGAGAGGAAAGCGGGCGUGUGAGGUGGAAUAUCAUCGUCGUAGUGGUAGUAGUAAUUCACUCUGUGUACCGAGCUUGUUGUUAACCCCUUGGAGCUGUUAGCUGGUCAUCUGUAUGUUUUUUUGUUUUUUUUAAACUAAAAUAUACAAUCCAUCCUUAAUUAAUUUACUCGGGGGACGAGGAGGAGCAUCCAUCCCACUUUUAUUACUUGCUGGGGGCGACUCGCAACACGGACUGAAGAGAGAGCGAGAGAAAGACGGGCAGGAGUCAACAUGUUCGAGACAAGAGGAAUCCCCUUCGUCGUUCUCGACCUCGUCUGCCUUGUUUUAGUUGGACUCCCGUUUGCAAUACUCACCUCGCAACACAAACCGUUCCGCCGAGGCUUUUUCUGUAACGAUGAGUCAAUCAAGUACCCGCUUAAAGAGGACACCAUUUCCUAUCAGUUGUUAGGAGGUGUCAUGAUUCCUCUCACAAUACUCACUAUGAUAUUCGGCGAGUGCCUGUGCGUGUACCUCAAGCGUCUGCAGUCCAAGUCGUCGUACGGCAGCUACGUGGCACGCGUCUACAAGGCGGUGGGCACCUUCCUGUUCGGCGCCGCCAUGAGCCAGUCGCUCACCGACAUCGCCAAGUAUUCCAUCGGCCGUCUCCGGCCGCACUUCCUUGACGUGUGCAAGCCCAACUGGAAUUGUUCUGCGGGCGUCUACGUGGAGAAUUUUGCCUGCACCGGAAAUCCCACCAUGGUCAAUGAGGGCAGGUUGUCUUUCUAUUCCGGCCACUCUUCCUUCUCUAUGUACUGCAUGCUGUUUCUGGCGCUGUACCUGCAGGCCCGUCUGCGCGCAGAGUGGGCUCGCCUGUUGAGGCCCACAAUCCAGUUUUUCCUGAUUGCCGCCUCAGUGUACACGGGGUUGUCACGUGUGUCUGACUAUAAGCAUCACUGGAGCGACGUUCUCACCGGCCUCCUACAGGGGGCGCUCAUGGCAAUCCUAGUGGUGUUUUUCGUGUCCGACUUUUUCAAGCAGCCCCGGGAGGCCCGCAAGGAGGCCGACAUCCCCCACACCAGCCUCCAGGAGAGCCCCACUAACGGAAACCACUUCGAAAGCCCGAACUGAAACUUCAAUCGCCUGUAUGUCGAGUCGACGCACCUCAAGCCUUCUUAUUUAAUUUUAUUCAUAUUUUGUCUUUUAAAUAUGCUUCGAGCGAAGCCUGCCGAGGACGGACGCCAUUUUAUCUACUGAUAAAAUACCGGUGGGAAGAUUGUACUGCAUGCACCCACCGGUGAAAGGAGGGCAUAGAGGCCAGUGGGGGGUGGAGACCACUACUGUGUUUAACCUGUGAAUGUAAGCUUGCAUUGUGCAUUUCUUUACUGGGAGGCAAUCUGCUUCAAUUUCCCACUGAGUUUCAUGUUGAGGUUAUAAACAAGUACUGCGAAUGUUUUUUCCUGUGAUGCCUCCAUGUGACUGAUAAACUAAUGCUGCCGCUGCAUCCCGUAAACAACGCUGACAAAAGUAGACAACUUAAGCCCUGGAGAGGAAAAAACAAAAACUUAACCCACUAAAGUACGCUUGUGUCAUCUGUAUGUCAACCACACAGACAUUUAUUAAAAAAGAACGUCAAAUAUGUACAAAUGUCUAAAACAAAAGCAGUACAAAUAAAGCCAUAUUGUGAAAUAUGAAAAUGAA